UAGAAAACACAACUUCUUCUGCCACGCCCUGACCAAAACUUAUACACCUACUCCACCUGCUGGUCAGGACGUGACACAUUUUCAAUGAGAACCUUAGAAUGGUGCUGACUGACAGAUGUUCUCUAUUGUUGUUUCAUAACUUUCAAAGGCCCCCUGUUUAUUUUUAUUCCAUCCAUAAUACCUGAUUGGUUUAAUUACGCUAUUGUCAUUUACCUUGCAUUCAGACCUGCAGGUGAAGAUGACUCCUGGAACAGAGGAACAAAGGAGAACACUGACCUGUAUCACCACCUGUACUCUGACUGACAAGCCCACCUACAUUUGGUACAAGAACGGAGACAAAGUAAAGGAGGACUCUUCCAGCCUGUACUCAGACUACUUUAGUGAUGCAGACAGUUACUCCUGUGCUGUAAAAUACCAUGAGGAUCUCCUCUCUCCUGCAGUGUGUCAGAACUGUUGGAGUGUGACUUACACCCAUCAGAGUAUCUGUGUCUUGAAGGGGUCAACAGUGAACAUAUCCUGCUCUUACACAUAUCCCAGUUAUCAUGAGAUCAAAAAAGCUUUCUGGUUUACUAAAUGGUCUGGUAUGGAUGCUGAAGAUCUGAGCUCAGUGCCAGGGUAUGAGGGUCAUAUAGAGUACCUUGGGGAUAAGGAGAGUAACUGUACCCUGAGAAUCACAGACCUGAGAUUGAGUGACUCUGCUGGGUACAGGUUCAGAUUCAUAACAUCUGGAGGAAAGUUUUCUGGCUCACCUGUCUCCCUGACUGUCACAGAUGUUGUGUUGGAAAUGAAUCGUGGAUCUGUGUCAGAGGGGGAGAGAGUCACACUGAGAUGUCACACCAAAUGUACGCUGGACCCAAUCACAGCCUACAGUUGGUAUAAGAAUGGACAGCCUAUACCAAACAGCAACACCUACUCUCCUGUCUAUAUCCUAUUCUCAGUCAGCAGUGAGGAUACAGGCAGAUACUCCUGUGCUGUAAAAGGCCAUGAGGAUCUCCCCUCUGCUGAAGAGACUCUCACUGUCACAUAUGGACCAAGGAACACCUCAGUGUCAGUCAGUCCCUCUGGUGAAAUAGUGGAGGGCAGUUCAGUGACUCUGACCUGCAGCAGUGAUGCCAACCCACCUGUGGACAAAUACACCUGGUACAAGAAGAAUGUAGCCUCACCAAAAGCAUCAGGACAGAGUUACAGCAUCACUAACAUCAUCUCUGAGGACAGAGGAGAAUACUACUGUGAGGCCCAGAAUGGAAGAGGAUCUAUGAACUCUACAGCUCUGAUGAUCAUUAUAGCAGGGAAACAGGCCUCAGUUCUGACUGCAGCUGUAGGAAUCAUAGUGGUUGUUCUGGUUCUCAUCCUCUGUCUCUCUGGACUCAUGUGUUUCAGGAAGGCCUCCAAAUCCCCCUCUGACACAAGAGACACAGCAGAUGAUGGACAGGGAGACUCUAGUCCAGUGUAUGACAACAUCUCAAGCGUGGCCAUGAGCCCUACAGACAACCAGGAUGACAUUCACUACACCAGCGUCCACUUCUCUCACUCCAAAAACCAGGAAGCGCCUCUGUACUCCACCAUCCAACUGCCUCAACCCAAGAAACAGGAAGAAGAUGUCCAGUACUCUGCUCUGAAAUUCAACCUCCCCACUGCUGCCACCUGACCCACAGCAGCACAAGCAUCUGAGGAGGACCCCUCUGUUCUCUAUAGUACAGUCAACAAACCCUGAACAAAGAAGACCUGAACACAACAAACCCAGAACCAAGAAGACCUGAACACAACAAACCCAGAAACCUUGUAUAUCUGGACCUGUAUAUUCAAACUAUAUAAGUGGUAUAAUUAGGGAUCAAAGCUUUCACCUGGAUUCACCUGGUCAGUCUAUGUCAUGGAAAGAGCAGGUGUUCCUAAUGUUUUGUACACUCAUUGUAUAAAGAUAUAUGUAAUUAAGCAGUAAGGCCAGAGGUGGUGUGGUAUAUGGCCAAUAUACCACGGCUAAGGGCUGUUAUUAUGCACUACACAACGAGGGGUGUCUGGAUGUAGUCCUUAGUCGUGGUAUAUUGGCCAUAUACCACAAACCACGGAGGUGCCUUACUGCUGUUAUAAACUGGUUACCAACAUAAAUAGAAAAGUGUUUUUGCGUCAUAACAGUGAUAUAUUGUCUGAUAUACCAACACAAUCUCACACGCAAAUCGUGCAAAUAUGUACAAAAACUAUUUUAGCAGAAUUCGUAUGUUUUUUGCAUUUUUGUGUGGAUUAAUUUGUGUGGAAAGACACUCCUUUUUGUGCGACUUAAUUCGUAGGAAAAAACACACAUUUUGUGCGACUUUAUUCAUAGGAAAAUACAUUUUUCGGGGCAAAUUUCGUAACAAUCUUUUUUAAAUUGCAUGAUGAGCAAUGGUGUUCUACACUGCCUUUUUUUGUCUGAUAUACAGCACACACUUCUGAAAUGUUAUUUCAGCCAAUCAGCAUCCAGGAACCAAACUAUCCAGUUUUUAAUAGUAUAUAAUAAUAUAUGCCGUUUACCAGACACUUUAAUCCAAAGCCAUUCACUCAGUCAUUACAGUCAUGCGUGCAUAAAGCUUUCAUAUGGGAAGUCCUAGCAGGAAUGGAACCCAUGAGCCAUGCUCUAACAACCGAGCCACACUACUUUAGUCAAGCAGAGUAUAAAUGCUGAUCUAGGGUCAGUUUUGCCUUUUAAACUAUGAUGAAUAAGAAAGGGACCUUAAAAAAUGAGAUAUUUUUUAAGUUUACAUAAAAAAUAUAUAUAUUUACAGAAAACUCAGAAUCUGAUUACAAGAACCUUUGACAAAAACAUUGUAUUUCUGAAGAUGGCAGCCUCAAGGUCCAUGUAUAUUUUAUAUAACUAUAUUUGCUACUAUAUAUAUGUUAUCUUUCUGAAACAAUCAUCAGACUUGUGAGACUAUAUGUGAAGGCUAACAGCAAUUGUUAAUCUGUUUCUAUAACAUUGUAUUUCUUCAUAUGGCAUUGUUAGAUGAUACACAUAAAAUAUAGUUUUUAUGACAAAGUUAUGGCACAAUUUUGCCUCAAUGUCAAGAAAAGUGUUCUGCUUGAUGAAAUGUUACUUAUUGUUUUUAAGAAAAUGUGUGAAGUGUGAAAUUUCUUGUAAUAAACUUUAAG